AUGGAUGGUUGCGCGUGCGUGCUGCUAGUGACGGGCGUCCUGGUGACAACGCUGGCCGAGCACCUGCACACGCACCCGCACCCGCAGCCUCACCAGCAGCCGCGUGUGUCGCCGUCCGAAGCCGGACUGAGGCCUGUGGCCGCACUCAGCGACGACCUGCCGCCGCUCGACCUCCUCGAGUCACCCAACCGCAUGCACGACCCGAGACCCACCGAGCUCAACUCGACCGCUCUCUCGAUCAAGCUAGGCCGCAAUCUGGACCCCGCCUUCAUGAGCAUCACCCGUCCGGCCGACGCCGGUCGCAUCGUCGACUCCAAUCGCUUCCUCUACCGCCGCAAUCGGCGCGGACGGCUCGUGCCCGUCGGCGACAUUCCCAAGCACCUCCGUGACAUGGAUUUCAAGUUCCUCAGGCUGCCCGACGGCUCCAAACUCCGCACUCGCGUCUCCCCCAAACUCAAAAAGAAACUACAACAAUUUCUGUGGGCGUUCACCGCUUGCCCGAUCGCCUACAAGUGGAAAGACUUGGGUGUGCGCUUCUGGCCGCGCUGGCUGAAAGAAGGACACUGUCCCGCGGGCAAGACGUCGUGCUCAGUGCCUCCGGGCAUGAAGUGUCGGCCGUCAGCCACCCUCCGCAAGACUGUCCUGCGCUGGCAUUGUCGCAGCCCCGUCUUUGACAACUCGGCCCUGCAGCCUGAGCAGAGGCACUGCCACUGGAUAAAGGUCGAGUACCCCAUCAUCACUCAGUGCGCGUGUGCGUGUCCUCACACCUAUUCAUGA